GCUGGAAGACCUGGCCUCCCAGGGGACAAAGGUGCCAUUGGGAUGCCUGGACGUGUGGGAGUAAAGGGCCAACCAGGCGAGAAGGGGGCCCCAGGAGAUGCCGGCAUGUCCAUCAUCGGCCCCCGCGGCCCCCCUGGUCAGCCGGGCACUCGAGGUUUUCCUGGAUUUCCGGGUCCCAUUGGGCUAGACGGCAAACCGGGCUACCCCGGACCCAAAGGGGAGAUGGGCCUGAUGGGUCCCCGAGGACAGCCGGGACCUCCAGGACAAAAAGGAGAAAAGGGGCAGUGUGGAGAGUACCCACAUCGGGAGCACCUGAGCAGCACCCUUUCGGCUCUACGCUCCAACCAGAUCAUUACCCUGAAGGGUGAACAGGGCCAGGCCGGUAUCCAAGGCCCACCAGGGCCACCAGGCCCCCCUGGACCAAGCGGACCUCUGGGGUACCCGGGACUGCCAGGGCCCAUGGGGCCACCCGGCUUACCCGGGCCUCCUGGACCAAAGGGAGACCCAGGAAUCCAGGGCUACCACGGUCGGAAGGGAGAACGAGGCAUGCCAGGGAUGCCGGGCAAACAAGGAGCAAAGGGAACUCCUGGAAUUGCUGUGGCCGGGAUGAAGGGUGAGCCAGGGACCCCAGGAGCCAAGGGCGAGAAGGGGACUGCAGGCCCCCCCGGGCUACUCGGCCUCCUGGGGCAGAAGGGAGAAAAAGGUGAUGCUGGCAACUCCAUUGGAGGAAGCAGAGGGGAGCCGGGCCCCCCAGGGCUCCCGGGGCCCCCAGGUCCAAAGGGAGAAGCUGGUGUUGAUGGCCAGGCCGGCCCCCCAGGACAGCAAGGAGACAAGGGGGAGCCCGGAGCAGCUGGAGAACAGGGACCAGCUGGCCCCAAGGGCACCAAGGGGGAGCCAGGGAAAGGAGAGAUGGUGGACUACAACGGGAACAUCAAUGAGGCCCUCCAGGAGAUCCGAACGCUGGCCUUGAUGGGGCCCCCUGGUCUUCCUGGGCAAAUCGGCCCACCCGGAGCCCCAGGGAUCCCAGGCCAGAAGGGCGAGAUCGGACUCCCAGGCCCUCCAGGACACGAUGGGGAAAAGGGACCUCGAGGCAAACCAGGAGACAUGGGCCCCCCCGGCCCCCAAGGCCCCCCAGGAAAGUCUGGACCUGCAGGAAUGAAGGGAGAAGACGGACACACAGGGAGCCCAGGAGAGAAGGGGGAGAAAGGGGAGACGGGACAGGCAGGCGCACCGGGUCUAGACGGCCCAACUGGGGAGAAAGGAGAACCAGGUGGCCAAGGGAGACCCGGAGCAACAGGAUUGCCCGGCCCUAUCGGGCUCCCGGGAUUUACAGGAGAGAAAGGAGAGCCCGGGGAGAAGGGUGAGCCAGGACUGGAGGUUCCUGGGCCUCCAGGGCCAGAGGGGCCCCCUGGACCCCAGGGGCUCCAAGGUGUUCCUGGACCAAAGGGGGAAGCAGGACUUGAUGGAGCAAAAGGAGAGAAGGGUGCCCAGGGAGAGAAAGGAGAUCGGGGGCCACUGGGAUUACCCGGAGCUUCAGGUUUGGACGGCAGGCCUGGGCCACCGGGUACGCCAGGACCAAUCGGAGUUCCAGGCCCAGCGGGACCAAAGGGCGAGAGGGGCAGCAAAGGUGACCUUGGGAUGACAGGACCAACAGGAGCAGCUGGGCUUCCUGGUUUACACGGACCACCCGGGGACAAAGGAAACCGGGGACACCGAGGUUUUAAAGGAGAGAAAGGGGAGCCGGGGUUACCAGGGCUGGACGGACUGGAUGCCCCAUGCCCAUUGGGUGAAGACGGCUUACCGGUCCAGGGCUGUUGGAACAAGUGAUGCCUCUAACCUGGGAUUGGCCUGUGUGUGUGUUUGUACAUAGAAUAUUUAUUUUUAUACAGUUUUCACUUUUUGAAAAUGCCAGAAGUAUGAUGCAUCUUACAGAUUAUUAAAAAAAAAAAGAAAAAGAAAAACCUGCAUAUUUUGUACAGAAAAUGCCAACCUCUUUCCUUUUGUUUACAAGAUGUUUUGUAUACGUCUACGACUCUAAUACACUUUUUGUUUGUGAGUAUGGGCAUAUGUUUGCAUGAUAUUUGUGCACACUUAUUAAGUAUUGAAACUUAAUAAAUUAUUGUGUUCUGGUGCCAAAGGGGGCCAGCCGACACCCAGGUGCUGGCUAGCUUAUGUGUGAACUCACGGGAAAGUGGACGUCAGUGGUGUUUGCCAACUAGGUGUGUCUAAGAAUAUUUUAAACUCUUAUUAUUAAAAAAAAAAUGA